AUUCUGAGGGAGAGUAUCUUUUUCACCCACUCACUGAUCCUAUUUGUCACCAUUUCUUGCGUCCAACACGACACAAUAACAACACAAACACGCUAUCUCAUUAACUAAAGCAUGUUCUCACUGAUUCUCGUACCAAUCUCAUUUCUGGUCUUAACUCCGAAGUGAGAUCCACACUUUCAUCUGUUCAUGUCGUUCACACACUCAAACCAAAUGAAGUCCCUACGGUCCAUUGAUUUUCUCAAAACCUCUUCAUUUGUUAGAGUCACCGCUCUCACACUCUUCGCCCUCACCCUCUUUCUCUUCCUCUUCACGCAUUUCUCCCCCACCUCUUACUCUUCCUUCGCCUUCUCCUCUUCUGCCGCCGUCGAUGCACCCUCGCCGGAGCAGCCACCACCUCCUCCUCCUCCUCCGACUCCGCUGGCGAUGGCGCCUCAUCUUCCGGAGCCGAAAGUGUUUCGUGAACCGCCGUUACCGCCGGUGGAGCGAAUGGGGGUGUUGGACGGGAACGGCGUGAUGACGGAGGAUUUCAGAGUGGGGGAGUUAGAUCCGGGUUUGGAGGAGGAAGGGCAAAACGGCAGCGUUUCUGUAAAGGAGAGUAGUGGUGUGAGGGAGAAAGUGGAGAAGUAUAAGGUGUGUGAUGUGAGGAUGGUGGAUUUUGUGCCGUGUUUGGAUAAUGAGGAAGUGUUGAAGAAGUUGGAAGGGAGCGUGAGAGGGGAGAAGUACGAGCGGCAUUGCCCCCAAGAAGGGAUGGGCCUCAACUGUCUGGUGCCGCCGCCCAAGGGUUACCGGCGGCCCGUACUUUGGCCCAAAAGCAGAGACGAGGUUUGGUUUAGUAAUGUACCCCAUACACGUUUGGUUGAGGAUAAAGGUGGGCAAAAUUGGAUAUCAAUAAAGAAUGAUAAAUUUGUUUUUCCUGGUGGUGGAACUCAAUUUAUACAUGGUGCAGAUAAAUACCUGGAUCAGAUUUCUGAGAUGGUUCCUGACAUUUCAUUUGGUAAAAACACCAGAGUUGCAUUAGACGUUGGUUGUGGAGUGGCAAGUUUUGGUGCCUUUUUGAUGCAACGUAAUGUGACCACUUUUUCAAUAGCUCCAAAAGAUGUUCAUGAAAAUCAGAUUCAAUUUGCACUUGAGCGAGGUGUGCCUGCCAUGGCAGCAGUAUUUGCUACACACCGUUUAUUAUUCCCAAGUCAGGCAUUUGAUCUCAUCCAUUGUUCAAGAUGCAGAAUUAAUUGGACUCGUGAUGAUGGAAUUUUGCUUCUUGAGGCCAACAGGCUCCUGAGAGCAGGUGGCUACUUUGUCUGGGCAGCACAGCCUGUUUACAAACAUGAAGAGGCCCUUCAAGAGAAAUGGAAAGAAAUGGAGAACUUGACAGCUAACAUUUGUUGGGAACUUGUACGAAAGGAGGGUUAUAUUGCUAUAUGGCAGAAGCCUAUGAACAAUAAUUGCUACCUUAGUCGAGACAUGGCUGAGCAUCCUCCAUUAUGUGAGUCCAAUGACGAUCCAGAUAAUGUUUGGUAUGUCAACCUUAAGGCUUGCAUCACUGAAUUACCUAGUAAUGGAUUUGGAGCAAAUGUUACAGAGUGGCCUUUGCGUCUCCAUGAACCACCAAAAAGGCUCCAAAGCAUCCAAUUGGAUGCCAUUGUAUCCAGAGAUGAACUUUUCAGGGCUGAUACAAAAUAUUGGUUUGAAAUAAUAGAAAGUUACGUUCGGGCUUUCCGUUGGAAGGAGUAUAACCUGAGAAAUGUAAUGGACAUGAGGGCAGGAUUUGGAGGGGUUGCUGCUGCACUGCUUGAUCUCCGUAUUGACUGUUGGGUUAUGAAUGUUGUCCCUGUUAGUGGAUUCAAUACCUUGCCUGUUAUAUAUGACCGUGGGCUGAUAGGAGUUGUGCAUGAUUGGUGUGAACCAUUUGACACCUACCCUAGAACAUAUGAUCUGCUGCAUGCAGCAGGUCUUUUCUCUGUUGAAAAGAAGAGGAAAAAGUGUAACAUCUCAAGCAUUAUGCUUGAGAUGGAUCGGAUACUAAGACCAGGAGGGCGUGUAUAUAUACGUGACACCACAUUCAUUAUUGGUGAACUUGAAGAAAUUGCAACUGCAUUGGGAUGGUCAAGUUCCCUAAAUGAUGUCGGAGAGGGUCCCUAUUCAAGUUGGAAGAUAUUAAGGUCUGAGAAACCAUUCUGAGUUGCUCAAUUGUGUCAGCAACAUUUUUGAAGAAAUGUUUGUAAAUUGGCUCAUGCAACCGGAACAUGACACUCCACCUGAUAUCUCAUUCUGUUGCAAAAUGUGGACAAGACUAACCCCGUUCAUGUAAUUUUCUAAGAAAAUUAUCUAUUUGCCAAAAGUGGUAUCCUUCAGUGUUGGAUCCCUACUAACAGUUUUCUUCUAAACACUUCACACACAAAAAAGAAGAAUAUUUGUCUUGUAUCAAUCACUACAGUAUUGGUCAUAUGUUUAGGAAAUAAUUUUGUGUAAUUAAUCUUCGUGUGAUGUAAGCUCAAGUUAGUGUAGACUAGACCAGAUGCUUGAAAGUUGUUUAUUAUGUGACAGAAAAGCUUCACCUGUAAUGUUCUCUGUUCCCUCACUCUCACAUGCUAGGGUUUGAUAGUGUUUGUUGUUUUGACAAGAUGACUGUUAAGAGUAAUGAACUUGUUAGAAACGAUCUCUAUACUGUACUAUUGUAUCUUUUAUUUAUUUAUUUCAGAUUCAAUAAAUUAUUUUAUUCGUACUC